UUUCUGCUGUGGAGGUCUCGGUCUCCUCCUCUUCCACUACAAAGAGAAAGAAAGGGAAGUGGAACGCGUCUGAGAUCCGCAUAGUUGCUUCAGGCGAUGGCCAGCAUUUCGCCGAGCUCGCCUCCCUCGCCGCCCGCCGGGACUGCCCCUCCCCCAUCCACGCCGGCUGCUACGCCCCCUGCCUCUCUUCCGUCUCCCACCGUACCGUCCUCUCCCCCUCCCUCCCCUGUCAGCCCGACCUCACCCCCUCCUUCGCCCUCCACCUCGCCGCCUCCCUCUUCCCCUCCUUCACCGCCGGGGAACACUACCGUUCCGCCUCCGUCGCCGCCGUCCGGUGGGUCGACGCCGUCCGGUGGGUCGACGCCGUCCGGUGGGUCACCUCCGUCACCUCUGCCUCCGGGAACUAUUUCUUCCCCGGCUCCACCCCUACCGACGCCGCCAUCUUCGAAUUCUAGCUCGACGCCGCUCGUGGUUGGCCUUGCAGUGGGUGGGGUGGUGAUCCUGUUGCUGCUAAGCUUGGUCUGCUUCUGUUGUUGGAGAAAAAAGCGACGGCCGCCUCUCCAUUCCUACGGAGUUCCUCCUCCACCACCUCAAAGGAAUGAUGAUCGUUAUGGCGGAUAUUGGCAACAGAAUGCUCCAGCCCCUGGAGAUCAUGUCAUCAAAGUGCCUUCAGGACCUCCACCACCAGCACCAGCGUUUACAUUGCGCCCUCCACAUCCUCCAAGUCAUUUGCGACCUCCACCCCCUCCACCUCCACCUAUCAAAAGUAGCAGUGGAGGUUCUGGGUCAAAUUAUUCUGGCUCCGAUGUUCCAGUUCCAUUACCAUCUCCUGGUGUCGCCCUUGGUUUCUCUAGAAGUACCUUCACCUAUGAAGAACUGGCUAGGGCAACUGAUGGUUUCUCUGAAGCGAAUCUCCUUGGACAAGGUGGUUUUGGUUAUGUUCACCGAGGAGUACUUCCUAACGGAAAGGAAGUGGCAGUUAAACAAUUGAAAGCAGGGAGUGGACAAGGGGAGCGAGAAUUCCAUGCAGAAGUUGAAAUUAUUAGUCGUGUGCAUCACAAGCAUCUUGUUUCAUUGGUCGGAUACUGCAUUUCUGGUGGCAAGAGGCUUCUUGUUUAUGAAUUUGUGCCCAACAAUACAUUGGAGUUCCAUUUACAUGGUAAAGAUCGGCCAACUAUGGAAUGGCCUACACGACUGAAAAUUGCAUUGGGUUCUGCAAAGGGGUUGGCAUAUCUGCAUGAAGAUUGUAACCCUAAGAUUAUUCACCGUGAUAUUAAAGCAUCCAAUAUUCUUCUUGAUUAUAAAUUUGAAGCGAAGGUUGCUGAUUUUGGGCUUGCAAAGUUAGCAUCUGAGAAUGACACCCAUGUCUCAACGAGAGUUAUGGGAACAUUUGGUUAUCUGGCUCCUGAAUACGCAUCGUCAGGCAAACUCACUGAUAAAUCGGAUGUCUUUUCAUUUGGUGUCAUGCUACUGGAGCUAAUCACUGGGAGGCGGCCUGUUGAUUCAUCCCAAAGUUUCAUGGACGACAGCUUAGUUGACUGGGCAAGGCCAUUGCUUACUCGAGCUUUGGAGGAUGGCAACUAUGAUACCCUUGUCGAUCCAAACUUGGGAAAGAACUUCAAUCCUAGUGAGAUGACUCACAUGAUUGCUUGUGCUGCUGCUUGUGUGCGCCACUCUGCAAAACGACGACCAAGAAUUAGUCAGAUUGUCCGCGCUUUAGAAGGAGAUGUGUCUCUUGAAGAUUUGAAUGAAGGUGUCCGACCAGGCCAUAGCAGGUUUUUUAGUUCAUAUGGCAGCUCAGACUAUGAUUCUAUCCAGUAUAAUGAGGACAUGAAGAAGUUUAGGAAAAUGGCAUUGGGAACUCAGGAAUAUGAAAACCCUGAGCAGAGUAUCGAAUAUGGCCAGAAUCCAUCAUCGUCAAGCGGUGAAGGUCAACAGGAAAUAGAGUUGGGCAACAAGAAAGCAAGCUAUCACGGUCGGUAGUUUGUGAUGAACUUUUGGCUAUUGAGUAACUGUAAAGCUCAACCUUAUUGAUUCAUAUUCGUUACUGACUUAAAACAAACUCCAGAUUUUUCAUAUAUGCAAUAUAGAUUCUGUUUAGGCUUUCCAUUUCGGUGUACUUUUCCUCGAAAUAUUGGUGAAUGACUAACUUAUUCUUUGGAUGUGUGAAAGCUUACAAUGUCCCUUUUUUGUAUUUUCUUUAUAUAGACGAAAUAUAUAGAGAAUUUUCUUUUA